AUGGCUGAGGAACAGACACUUUUCCAGGGCCCUGAAUCCGAGCCUCCAGUGCCUGUGCCACACCAAGGCACACUUGCAGAAAAGCCAGACAGUGAAUCCGAAACCUGGCAUGUUCGCUUCAGAACUUUUAUCAGCUCAAAGGAAUCCGACCCCGUCCAGGAUCUGAGGAGACUCCGUGAGCUCUGCCAUCUGUGGCUGAGGCCAGAUCUCCACACCAAGGAGCAGAUCAUGGACAGGCUGGUGCUGGAGCAGUUCAUGAUCUGCAUGCCUCUGGAGUGCCAGGUCUUGGUCAAGGAAAGUGGUGUGGAGAGUUGCCAAGAGCUGGAGGACAUGCUGAUAAACCAGCAGAAACCCAAGAACUGCACCAUAGUCCACGUAGGAGGACAGGACUUUCUUGUGCGAGGCUCAGAUGUUGACACGGUUGAAGCUGAGGCCGGGGACAUGGAUGAUGAGAGAGCCCUGUGCAAGGAGCCUCUAUCCUCUGUGAGCGAAAUACAUGCAGAGAACGGCCAGCAGGAAAGCCAAGAGCUGCAGAACUUCCCUGAUGUCCAGGAACCGGCAAGAGGGCAGGAGCGUCGGACACCCAAGGAGAACAUGGAGCAAGACCUGGUGGAAGACAAAGAAGACACAAGAACCCCCACUCAGUCUCAAGAGCCAGAGCUUCUGAAGGGUCCUGGCAGGGUGAAAACAACCAGUCAUGCCAAGGGCAAAGAAGCCCCAGGAGGGACAGACUAUCAGUGUCGAGAAUGCAACAAAAGGUUUCAUUAUAGGUCUCAGUUUACCCUUCACAAGAGGACACACACGGGAGAGAGGCCCUUCCAAUGCAGUCUUUGUGCCAAAGCAUUCAUGCAGCCCUCGGACCUGCGAGUCCACCAGCGAAUCCACACGGGUGAGAAGCCAUACCGCUGUGACACCUGCAGCAGGGACUUCACCCACGAUUCCACGCUGCGAGCUCACAAGAGGACCCACACCAAGGAGAGGCCUUUCCCUUGUGAGCAAUGUGACAUGGCCUUCAGCCACCGGGGGAACCUCAAUGUCCACCGACGCACCCACUCUGGGCUCAAGCCCUACGUGUGUCCCGAGUGUCACGGUGCCUUCCGCCAGCUGGGCACUUUCAAACGCCACCAGAAAACACAUUUAAAGUGA